CUAUUUAAGCGGCUUCCGUGAGGCCUCGGGGACAGAGGGGACCCAGCAUGGAUUGGGGCCUGGCCCUCCUGCUGGCGGGGCUUCUGGGGCUCCUCCAGCCGGGCUGCGGCCAGUCCCUCCAGGUGAAGCCCCUGCAGGUGGAGCCCCCCGAGCCGGUGGUGGCCGUGGCCCUGGGCGCCUCUCGCCGGCUCACCUGCCUCCUGGCCUGCGCGGACCGCGGGGCCACGGUGCAGUGGCGGGGCCUGGACACCAGCCUGGGCGCGGUGCAGUCGGACGCGGGCCGCAGCGUCCUCACCGUGCGCAACGCCUCGCUGUCGGCGGCCGGGACCCGUGUGUGCGUGGGCUCCUGCGGGGGCCGCACCUUCCAGCACACCGUGCGGCUCCUUGUGUACGCCUUCCCGGACCAGCUGACCGUCUCCCCGGCAGCCCUGGUGCCUGGUGACCCGGAGGUGGCCUGUACGGCCCACAAGGUCACGCCUGUGGACCCCAACGCGCUCUCCUUCUCCCUGCUCCUGGGGGACCAGGAACUGGAGGGGGCCCAGGCUCUGGGCCCGGAGGUGGAGGAGGAGGAGGAGCCCCAGGAGGAGGAGGACGUGCUGUUCAGGGUGACAGAGCGCUGGCGGCUGCCGACCCUGGCAACCCCUGUCCUGCCCGCGCUCUACUGCCAGGCCACGAUGAGGCUGCCUGGCUUGGAGCUCAGCCACCGCCAGGCCAUCCCGGCAUCCAAACCUGCGGGUGACCGGCUGCCCGCGGCUCUGUGGGCCAGCAGUGCGGUGCUGGGACUGCUGCUCCUGGCUUUGCUUACCUAUCACCUCUGGAAACGCUGCCAGCACCUGGCUGAGGACAGCGCCCACCCACCAGCUUCUCUGAGGCUCCUGCCCCAGGUGUCGACCUGGGCUGGAUUAAGGGGGACUGACCAGGUCGGGAGUAGCCCCUCCUGAGUGGCCGGCUCUUCCCCCUGUGAAGGGAAAAUAGCUUGGACCCCUUCAAGCUGAGAACUGGUCAGGGCCAACCUGCCUCCCAUUCUAUUCAGUGUCAUCCCUCUGCUCGCAGAGAGGGACGCACAUUCUGAUCGUCUCCUUUGGAAAGGCUCAUCAGAAACUCAAAAGAAGGCGACCGUUUGUCUCACCUUCCCGUGACCUGGAAUCCCCCCCCCCCCGCCCGCUUGAGUGACCCCCGACCUUCUGGACGGAACCAACGUACUUCUUACGUAUAUUGAUUCAUGUCUCAUGUCUCCCUAAAAUGCGUAAAACCAGCUGUCCCCCGACCACCCUGGGCCCCUGUCUGGGCCCCUGUCGUCAGGACCUCCUGAGGCUUUGGCAAAUAAACCUCCUAAAAGUAUA